UUAUGCUUUUACCUCGAGUUAAAAAUGACGUAUUCAACCUAUCACUUAGAUUUUACAAGGUACAUAAUAUAGAAUAAAUUACCUCACGUCUACUUUAUUAGAAAGGGCCUAGAAGAAUUUUUUUAAUUAUUGAAUGGAUUCUGGAGUAAUAGUCCCAUUUCUAAUUUUUUCCCAGCUAUUUUUAAGUUAUAAACCACUGAAGGCAGAUAAAAAAAUUGAUGUAUGAUUGAAAGAAAAAAAUAGACUUUUUAAGAAACAUUGCUCAUAGACAAAAAAGAGAAUUUUAUUCCGGUUUAGUAACUUCAAACAAUGAAAUUCCUGUUUGGUGUGUAAUAGAAAUCUACUUCAGAAAGGCGUAAAUUUUAUUUCAAUGAAAAAAAACACUUAUGCUCUAUCCUAAUGUACAAACAAUACUUUAAAUUCGAUCAUUCCUUAUAUAGUGAUUUUUUGAAAUUAAUAAUAAGAUCGAGAGUUAGAUGUUUUUUUCAGAAUCAAUCUAUCAUUCGGUCCAUCCAGUUAUUUUCUAAUACUUACAGAGAUUUAGAGCUCAAAGUUCUAAGCAAAAUGCCGGCGGAGUUCCGUGGUCUCAAAAGUGGUGAAGGAGACGAUGCGCCGGAUGUAGGCUCCGCCCGACCUGCAGACUCCGCCAGAAUAGGAGGCUCCGCCCAACAUGGAAGCCUUACUCGGCCUUAUUCACAGCCUCAACUUUCUUUUCCUCAGGAUCGAGAUUUUGAUCCAGAUCCAUCUUCUACCUGGAUAUCCGAUGAAUACAGCGAGCGUAGCCCUCUGUUCGGACCUCCUCUAGACCAAGAAAAGAGAACGCCCAGUGAUAAUUACAGAAUAGUUUGGUUAGUAUUCUAUAUGUUGGGUAUGUGUACUCUCCUUCCUUGGAACUUUUUUAUUGCAGUCAAUGAUUAUUGGAAUUUUAAGUUCCGAGAUAUAAGUGGAAACAGUACUCACACACAGCUGCAGAAAGAUUUUACUAGUUACCUCGCAAUAGCGUCAAACGUUCCUAACGCAACGUUUGUUCUUCUAAACGUUUUCUACGGGAGAAGCUUCAAGCUUAACACAAGAAUAAUUGGAGCUUUAUCCUUGAUGUCUACACUAUUUAUUGGAGUUAUUCUAAUGGCUAGAAUAGAUUCAGACGACUGGCAGGACUGGUUUCUGUACUCUACUCUCAUUAUUGUUGUUUUCCUCAAUGUAUGUACUGCAAUCUUCCAAGGGGGUAUAAUAGGUGUGGCUGGAAAGUUCCCUCCCCACUAUAUGGGCGGGAUGAUGUCGGGACAAGCUCUGGGAGGAAUAUUCCCGGCUCUUGUAAAUAUUCUUGUCAUUGCAGUUCAGGUUGAACCAGCAGAUAUUGGGUUCUACUGUUUCCUGGUUGCAUUUUUAUUUGUCCUGGUGACAUUAGCUGCUUACUGUGCAGUUCAAACUACACAAUACUUUAAACAUUAUGCAGGGACACUAGCUAGGGUUGGUGAUACUAGCUCCCUUUUAUCAUCAUCUUAUAGAGAAGUUUUCUUUAGAAGCUGGAAAUACCAAUUCAGUAUUUUUUUGAAUUUUUGUGUUACCCUCACCGUGUUCCCCAGUGUUACAGUUUUAGUUACUUCACAGUUCAGUGAUGAUGAAUCCAACGUGUUCUCUACUGUAUAUUUUACCCCUGUUGCCUGUUUUCUACUCUUCAACUGUGGAGACUACUUUGGACGAAUACUUGCCUCUCAUAUCAGAUUACCUGGAACAAGUAGGAUGGGGCAAAAUGUCGUCUUGGGUUUAACAAUUCUUAGAAUAGGAUUUAUACAACUGUUCAUAUAUCUCAAUAUUUAG